AGCAUGGCGCAGGGACUUUGAGGAACUGGGCCGCGCUCCUCACAGACUCCCAGCUACGUCCUUACGCUCGUUUUGUUUUUUUUUAAAAAAAGAGAAUGGCUUUUUACAGCGAAACCGAGGAGAAACGAGUCCCGUUUCUGAAAGAAGGCGUUCGGGAGAGGCGCCCGAGCAAUGAGAACGCGGCUGGAGCUGCGGCUGCGGCUGCCGGCAGGGCGAAGUCAUCAUUUCCCUUCCGAAACGCGUCGAAAUCCAAACAACAAAAUGGCGAACAAGUCAACGGGCCGCUCGCAGGAAGCGCCCUCGGGCUGCUCCGAGCGGACACGGGUGCGGCUCCUAACCAAGUCGCUGCAGAAAGCGAGGAACGCGGAGCCAGUACCUUUCAGAAAACCACCGAAGAUCUUGCUCGGAAGAGUUUUCAGAUUCCUAAGAAGAACAAAGAAAAGAAAGAACGCUGUCAUCUAGUACCAGUGGGCUCCAGAGAAUUUAAACAAGACAUUUUGAAAGUUCUCAAUUCUUCUUGCCUGGAGUCAUCAUCAAGUGCUAACUUUACCUACAUGAAACCUAGAUUGGUUCAUAAUGAAAGACUAGAGAGGGAGUAUGCAGAGAAAAGGAAAGAAAUGAGAAAUGAGGGCCGAACUGAAAAGGAGUUGGCAGAGUCUUAUGCAUUCUUGUUGACUGAACCAUCAAAAGUUGCCACUAUUUGUGAGAAAGGAUUGUCUGUGGGAAGUUCCAAAGUAACUGUUCUAGGAAAUCCUGCAAUGGGUAUCUAUCUUUCAAAAUACUGUGAUGUACUUCAGCCCAAUCCAAUGGAUAAUGGAAGAAAGGCAGAGAUAAUAAUUUUCAAAAUCAUAAAGGGAAGGGUAAAAGCCGUCUUGGAUAACACCACCAAGAAUUUCACCCCUCCCACACCGAAACAUGAUUGUCAUGUUUUUAGAAACCUUGACCGGGUCCUUUCCCUGUUUACUUACAAAGCAUUUGAUCUUACUCAGUUUUAUCUUUAUGAAUUUGGAAAUGAAGGCAUAAGGCAAUACCCAAGACAUGUUUGCCCCUAUGCUGUCGUAUCUUUCAUUUACAAGGAAAAUAAAGUCCCCAGCAUCGCCAAGCCAGUCACACUGAGCUCAGAAAAGAAUUGUUCAGAGAAGUCUUACUACACCAUCUGGAAAGGACAACUUAUGAACAAAGGGAGGUUUCUGUGCUUUGGUUCUUUACAGUCAGCUACCCAACCGUUCCAGCCAUUCAAAUUGCCUGAGAAACUUGACAUCGAUAUGAUUAUGAGUGUUGAUUGCUUGAAAAAUAAAAUUCCAGUGACCGUAUUCCAAAAAGCAACUUUCUCUGGGAUUCGAGAAGUACUGAAGAAUGGAAUGUAUUAUAGCUUAUAUGAACUUGUGGAACAAAGCAAAACGGGAAGGAAUUUGGAGCCUCUGCUUAAUAAACUAGAAGAGGAUAAAUUAGUUUUUAUAAAACCCUUGGAUGAUCGUGGAUUUCUGAUUUUAUUUUCUCCCUCAGAGAUGGCGGAUAAUGGACAUCAAAACUCGAAGCCCAAAUGUCUUCAAGCACUAUUUUUAUUUCCAGAGUCACGAAUGAGUGGUGUUGAAAGCAUUAAGGGAAAUACUAAGUGUAUCCCAACUGUACACAAUGAUCCAGAGGCAGUACCCCAGCUGUCAAAGAUUAUACCUGCAAUACACUUUGCUCUGGAUAAAAUUCGGAAGGAACUGCCCUGUAGCUUACAGAAAGCAACCAUAGAUGCAGCAUUUAAAAAUAAUUUAACUGAUUACCUGAAGAAUUCACUGCAAAAGGCGGCUUUUGCUGAAAACGGGAAACUUCCUCAAUUUACUAUUCCUGCUUAUGAGGAGAAACGAUUCUCUUCGUUCCAGCAGAAGAGAUCAAAUUUAUCAAGAAUCUUGCGUUCUUAUAUUUUUUUCCCUCAUCGUUAUCAGUUUGAUGUUUUUAAAGCUGUGGAGAUGUUAAACCAGUAUCCUAAUCCUAAUAUGGAAAUGCUUGAUCCUCCUGUGUUGGCUGAAGAGGAGCAGAAAUUUGAUCCUGUACCAGAGAUUAUUGCUCAGGAACUGGGGAGCCCUCAAAUAAACAUUGCAGUGGACAGUAAUGUCCUUUUGCCUUCUGAUAAUAUAGCUGAUCAUGAUCCUGAUAAAAUCCGAGAGCUUAUUGACUUGAUUUAUAGCAGGAAAAGGCUUGGGCCAGGGGAGGCUGCUGCAAUGAAUAUUGAAAAGCUUGCACACUGUAUAUCUGACAAAGAUGAUCUUGGAUUGAAAAGAAAGUUGGAAUUUGUUUCUGAGAGGAGCCACAAGCAAAUGAAGAUUACUGAAGGGUCAUUGGAAGAGGAUGCAUCCAGGUUAUCUGAUCCAGUGCCUCAAGUGACAAAUGGAUUUGGUUUUGGUGAUACUUCCUUAAGACAGCAUGAUCAAACCACAGUAUUGGCUCCAGAUACUCAAAAACUUGUUGGCUUGCUGCUUGAAGUAUUUAAAUCUCCCACUUGUCCAAAUCCUGGAACAGACUUUCAAUCAAACCAGGAAAAAGGGAUGUCUGUUUGCCCAAACAGUGAUGACCUUCAACAAAGCAUUGUGGAUUAUGAUUGGGACCAGAGUAAUGUUUCAAUUAAUGAGGAAACAAAACUGAAUCAGCAAAGCAUUGAUGCUCAUACACAACAGAAUGAACCAACAAAAGAAGAACACUCAAAAAAAGAAAUUAUACCUGGACUUGAACAAGAAAGUCCUGGGUUAGUUGACAGUGGCUCUGUUUUACCACAUAAUGAUGAUAAUUUCAGAAUAAAAACAAAUGAUCAUCCUUCUGUGGACCAUUCAUUGCAAUUAGGCUUGAAGGCAGAGUACCCAGAGGAGCAGAACAUAGGAAGUAUAAGCAGUCCUGAUGGAUGUAGUCCUUGUACAAAUGUCUCACAUGACCAGCUGUUCAGCAAGAAGGUGACCUCUGAUUGUACCAUUGAUAGUGAAAUCAAUUGGAAGCUUAUUCCUAUAACAGAUAUGAAAUCACGGAUUGAACAACUGUUCUACUUACCACCAGAGGAUUCGUGCCCUGAUGAUCCACGGGUUAUAAAUCGGAAGUCAAAUAUUAAUCAUUAUCAGUCGCCUUCAAAUUCUGAAACUGGAGGAGGCAAUGUUUUAAAGGAAUAUUCUAAGGAUUUCCAUCACCCUGUUGCAGCUUACAGGACCAAUGGCCAUCCUUUUGAUUUAACAGAUGAUUCGGCUUUAGGAAUUGAAAAUACUAUUAAAUUGGAGUACAACAAGUUCUCAGACAAAAUGAUGCAAAUACUUAAGAAGGAAAAAGUUAAAUAUGGCCCUGACAACGAAGGACUGAUUUUUUCUGCACAGAAGGUUUCAAUGCUUUCUAAAUAUUCAAAUAUUCAAAAGCACCAUAUCCCUGUCCAAAAUUACAUAAAUCAAUUACGCAAAAGAAUGAACUCAAUCAUUUCUGACUCGUGUCCUGAUAUAUCGCAUACAAACUUCCAUCUUUAUCCAUCAGCUUCUCCAGAAUUAACUCAAAGAAAACAAAAAAAAAUUGAAGGCUGUAGUGAAAUUGUACAGCCAUACACAGACUCACAGCUAAAAGGCUUUGUGUGCUUGAAAGAAGAGUCCAACCAAUGUUCCAAAUCGGGUUAUGUAGAACCAAUUCCUUGUCAAAACACUAGAGAUCUUGGAAGGGGUCUAGAAAGUGGUGCCUCACUUGCUGAGAAUAUUGUGCAAUCACAACAAAAGUCUGCACUAAGUAGUUUUACCUAUAGCUCAGUAUCUGAUUCAAAUUGCACAACUACAGUGAGAGAGGAUUCAAGUUUGAUUUUGGAUCAAACACUGAGUUUCAGGGACCAGCAGGGAUCAGCAUGUCUGCUGCAAGAAUCCAGUGGAAUUGGAGGACCUCCUGAAGCACAACCAUGUCUGACCAACUUAAUUCAAAGAUUAAACCCAGAAGUCUUUUGCAGCUUGGUUGAGAUUAUUAAGGAUGUUCACAAGAACACGGUGAAGUUUUACAUUUAUGAGGUGAAGAAGACUUCUGUGUGUGCAGAAAUUAAGGGAUAUUUAACUGGUUUGGGUAAUAAGGAAUGUCAUCCAGAGGAGUUUUUAAAAAGAAAAGCUGGUUCUGUGGAUAAAUUACUAAUUAUAAUUCAGAAUGAAGACAUUGCAUCUCAUAUACACAAGGUUCCAUUCUUGACCUCAUUAAAGAAGUUAUCCUGUGUCAGUUUUGCUGGAGUGGAUAGUUUGGAUGAUGUACAGAAUCGCACGUAUAAUGAACUGUUUGUGUCUGGUGGCUUUGUGGUGUCAGAUGAAACGGUCUUGAAUCCUGAAUGUAUUUCAGUAGCAAAACUCAAGAUAUUCCUGGACUUCCUUAACAGUUUGAGCACAACCGAAAGCAAAUGGGUCUGGAAAGUUCACUGUAAAAUACACAAGAAGUUAAAGGAGAUGGCAAGGACCAAUACAGCAGCCUUCAAUAUUCUAUCCCUUCUGAAUAAAUAUCAGAAACAUAACUUAGUAGAAGUUCUCUCCUAUCAUGAUUGUGACUCCAGAUCACGAACAACGAUUGAUUUAGACUGUUUAAUCAAACUACAAGCUCAGACCAUACAACAUAGACAUGUUGUUUUUCUGACUGAGAAAUUUAUGGAGCCCCUUUCCAAUUACGUAGAGUGUGGAGUGGUCGUUGCUUGUAUUGAUGACUUUGUGAAAAACUUCAAUAGCCUUAUUGGCUUUCAUAGUUCAAACAUGGAAGAUAAACAGCUACUAAGAUUAGGACCUCAAGAUAGCUUGCAAAAAAAGUAAAAUGUACUGGAAAGCUAGCUGAUUUUCUAGAUAAUUCUGCAGGUAAAUGCUGAAAGAAGACCCACGAGUUUUGUAUUUGGACCUGUAUUCCAAUCAACAUAACUUAUCUGAAUAUAAUUGACGUUUGUUGAAAGAAAAGUAAAGAAAAACAGAGACAUGAUGCAUUCAAAGAUUUAUGUUGGUUCCGGAAUUAAGUACAUAAGAUUUGUGUAUUCACCUGAGUGCAAUAAUGAGAAAAAUCUGAAUAUUGUGAAUAGUAUUUUGAAUGUCUGGAGUAUCUUUUUUUAUAAGAAAAAUGUAUUAUGUUUGUCAUACUUAGAAUCUGAUGUUUAUUUCUAAUCAUCGAUAAAACAUCCAUAGGUAAAACAAGACUUAUCCUGCAUAAAAUACAGGAAGUUUUUAAAAAGAUGGCAUAAUUUAUUUUAAUUCAUUGACAUUGUAAAUCUCUUGUAUAAAGUGUAUAUUACUUUUUUUUUGGAAAAGUGAGGAAUUCCAAGGGAAUUAAGCUGGUACAGCUUAAAACAAAUUUUAAAAAGUGGAUAUCUUUUGCUGUUUUAAGAGCAUAACCUAAAUCAGGAAUACUUUUUGUUUAAAUAGUACAUUUCCUACUAAUGGAAAUUGCCUUGGAGUUGAGCCUGAUUGGGCAAUGGAGCUAAUAAAUGAAAAUGAUUCUGGAACAGUCUCAAGAUUGAUAAUACAGUUCAUGAUCUGUGGCUUCUACUUUGGGAGCUUAGAAUAAGUAAACCUUGGUAAACCUACGAUAGACCAUGGAAUGAGAGUCUGGGGAGAGCCAGUGUUUGGUUAUCAUAUUAUGCUGUACUUAGAAUGUCUGCUAAUGUAAGAUUGAACUGUGGAAAUGGUACAUUAUAUCAUAAAAGUAUAAAUGUUAGUGACUGGCUCAGUUAAGUUUUAAAUUUUAUUUUAAAAAUUGUCAAGGAAUGUUCAGGUUUUUAAGAUAUCAAUGAAAAGAUUAUCAUGUUUAAAUUUCCUUCUCAAUUAUUUGACAAAAAUAUUUUCAUCGGUAAUUUCUAAUGGCCAUGUCCAUUUUCUCCCAACUCCAUGGAGUUGGGAAAAGUGGAAAAUGCUGAUGCAGAAAACUUCUGAACAAAUGAAGGAAACAAUGAAGAAGAGGAUAUGUCAUUAGAUUCUGAAGAUAGCUUACCACAGACGGAAAUCUGUAUUGACAAAUCUAAGGCUCUGAAUAAUAUUGCUAAUAUUUCACAAAAUGAAGUACAACGGAUUAAAGGAAAAUGGACUCACUCAUUUGAGUCCAUAGGUCAAGCAUUAGAGGAUGCAACUUCAAAACUGAUUGAAACCAAUAUUUCUACAACCUCUUUGCAAAUGGUCAAAGCAAAUGGCAAAGACUCUAUUUCUACAACCUCUUUGCAAAUGGUCAAAGCAAAUGGCAAAGACUCUAUUUCUACAACCUCUUUGCAAAUGGUCAAAGCAAAUGGCAAAGACUCAGGAGGAGGAACAGGAUUUGCAUACACCAAUAAUUCUUUCUACUCACAUUCACAAAUAGAAUUGAACUACAGGAAUUUUAAUGUAAUUACUCAGUUUUCUAGCAAGUGGAAUUAAGCCAUUAUAUAUUUCAUCUCUAAAUCAGAAUUACCAAGACGGUUAUUUUUUACCUGGAUGUGAUCAAAAUUAGGCUUGUAAUAACAGCUGGGAAAAUUCCUGGUAUUCAAAAUUACCAAGCCUGUCUUACCAGCAGUGAUGGCGAAAGAAACAUGAGCAGUAUCAUUGAAUUUAGCAUUUUUGGUGGAGUUUUCCAUUGAAAGCUUAUUCAGGUUGAAUGCAUCAAGUAAUGUCACCACUGUAUUCUUAUUUGUUCCUUAUCCUUUGCUUGAUCCUGAUAGGAUUUUAUUCCAAAGGACAACUAAACAGGCAUAUGAAUUAGUGACUUGGUUUGAAUAUUAAACUGUUGAGUUAGAUGUACUUUCUUUUACAGUAACCAUGAUUCUUCCUCAAAACUCACUGCUUAAAAAUGACCGUUUAAGACUAAAUUUCCACAAAAUCAAGUGUUUUUUUUGUUUGGAACCAUGUAUCUGCAUUUAUUUUUGUAAACAAAAAUAGUCAAUCAUUUUCUGGUGUAUAGUAUAAGAAUUCAGGUCUUGCAGUCAGAAUUGUAGAGAGCUGGAUAUUCUUCACAGCUGCUUGGUUGUAACUUACGGCCAUGUUACAAGGGGUGAUUGAUAAGUUUGUGGCCUAAGGUAGAAGGAGUCAAUUUUAGAAAACCUAGCGCAUUUAUUUUUCAACAUCAUCCCCUCCUACAUUUACACACUUAGUCCAGCAGUCGUGGAGCAUACGGAUCCCUUCUUUGUAGAAGCCGACGUCUUGGACCUCACGGAAGUGGUCCACAGCAGGGGUGAUUAGGUAGAAGGAGAUGAGUUAUUAACUUCAAACUUUCUGCAUAAUCACUCAGAGUUGAACUGCAUGUGCAUGUAACGAGAGUUGUAGAACUCAUCUCCUUCUACUGUAGGCCAUGAACUUAUCAAUCACCCCUGCUGUGGACCACCCUCUGGAGGUCCAAGAUGCUGACUUCUACAAAGAAGUGAUCCGUAUGCUCCACGACCGCUGGACUAUGUAUGUAAAUGUAGGAGGGGACUGGAUUGAAAAAUAAAUGUGCUAGGUUUUCUAAAAUUGACUCCUCCUACUUUGGGCCAUGAACUUAUCAAUCAUCCCUCAUAUGCUUUUUUUAAUAAGAAAUAACUCAAACUGUACUGUAAGCACUUCUUAAACUUUAUAGCAUGUUACACUGAUGUUUAAUCAGUUUGUGAAUAAACUAAGUAUAAUGGUUAUUGGCUGUGUUAUCCAUUUUAUGGUGUGGGUCUGUUCUGUAUGUAAAAAGUGUAGAUUGAGCUAUUGGAUUAAAGGAUAUUUUUAAUUUUACAGAAAAAUGACAUACUUUUGACUUGCAGUUAAUCUUUUGAUACACUUAAUUUAUUUUGUACAAAUAUUUCAAACCAUUGUUUUUUUUUAAAGUUUUAUGUGGUUUUCUCUCUGGCUAUAAGUGUUUUAUUUAAUGUCCUUGCAUCAGUACACUGGUUGUUAACUGAACAUUCAUUUACCUCAAUGUAUAAAGUCUAUUUUACCACUUGUUCAAUCUAGCAUUAAAUAAAACACUUGCAUACAGAUUAACUUCAUUGUUUGUGCACCUGUGUUUAUACCUGUAAAUAGUAAAAUUGUUAUUACUGUAUAUUAAAAGUUUAAAAACAGGCUUCUAAAUAAGUGUCAU